ACAAAGCUUGACUCGCGGUCGAACGCGAACCGGUAUAGCGGGUGGUGGAACAGCCUUCGACGGCUCUCGUCUCCCCGCUCCGCCGCUGCCUCUAACCCGAAAUCCUCCGAAGAAUGGCGAAGGUUCUCCAAGAAGAACCCUAGAGUUCCUCUCAAUCCUCUCACCCGUUUUGAUCCCAGCUCCUUUGAUUGCUGCCAAUCCGACCCGUAAUCCGGCUAUUUCAUCUUUAUAUCGAGUGGUCUAUCAAUUAUUUCCGAGAUCUAGGUCUUGGCCGCCGAGCAGCUGACCAAUUGGAUAAGGAUCGAUAUUUCUGCAGAAAGUUCGAACCUUUGGCGUUCCUUGUGAGUGUUUCUGGAUUAAUCCUUUGAUUUAGGGGGAAAGCUGCGAUUUUUGUUGGAGCAGGCCAAAAUUUUCAACAGAAUGCCGCCGAUUCUAUCGUCUCCUAAGGCGAUUGCUAGGCUUCUAUCAGGAAGAAAUCGAUCUCUGGAUCUCAAUGCUCGACUUGGAUUUGUGAGAAGGUACCUUGAUACCCGGAGGAGGUGGGAGAGAGUUGCUCAGAGUCGAUGUUUGGCCAGCUUUGCUCGCUAUGGAAACCCUUGCGCUGGGCAAUUGUUUCGUUCUGCAAAAGACCUCGUUCCCUCCGUCGGUAAUUUGCAUCGCUACGAUCAGGGAAGAUGGUUUCUUGGUUGUGGGGAUGGGGAAGAAGGAUCUCUUAUUUCUAAGAUCUAUGAGGAGCGGCGUGUGAUGGGGUACUCUCCAGAGCAGUUAUUUUCGGUGGUUGAAGCUGUUGACCUGUAUGAGGACUUUGUGCCAUGGUGCCAACGAUCUACGAUUAUUAAGCGGAAUAGUGAUGGAUCAUUUGAUGCUGAGCUAGAGAUAGGUUUCAAGUUCCUCGUUGAAAGUUAUGUUUCUCAUGUAGAAAUGGAGAAACCAAAGUAUCUUAAGACCACUGCUUCACAAAGCGGGCUUUUUGACCAUUUGAUCAACAUUUGGGAAUUUAAUCCGGGACCAGUUCCUGGAACUUGUGACCUUUAUUUCUUGGUGGAUUUUAAGUUUCAGUCACCACUAUAUCGUCAGGUGGCAUCAAUGUUUUUUAAGGAAGUAGUCUCCCGACUAGUCACUUCUUUCAGUGAUCGUUGUCACAGAAUUUAUGGUCCUGCCAUCCGGGUGCUUGAAACACCUUAUGGGCAAACCACUAAGCCUGGUCAGUCAUCUUGAGCAGGUUAAGUGAUGAAGAGGUCUGCCAAAGGGCAGUGAAUAGUCUUAGGGUAACAUGAUUUGGAGUUAGCUGGCCUAUUUUCAACUGGAACUUCAUGGAUCAGCCUGAUCAACAACAGAAUAUCCAAAUUUUCUUGAAACCAUAUUCACCAUUUUUUCUUUCUAUCCUCAAGCCCUGAAAAAUUAUUGUGCAAGGAUUCUUUGUUGGGAAGGCACCUGAAUCUUGUAUCUUUACAUAUCAUCUUGAUAAGAGACAUGCAAACAUGAAAUUUAAAUAUUUUUACCUGCAAGCAGCAUUGAUAUUGCAGAGGAGAUUAAAAUGCAUGUUUUGUUUAGUUA